CUACGAGCCGGCUUCGUCCUCCUCCUUCUUUGGCAAGUACGAGCGGCGGCAGUCGAUCGAGGCCACGCUGCAGAUUCGCCGCAACGCGGAGAUGCGCAUGAAAAACAAGCUGCUGAACAAUCUGACGAUGGAAUCGGCGCGGCUUACCGGGAUGGGCGGCGACAGCGGGAGCGACAUUGACGAGGCCUCCGAGGAUGGCGGCGAGUCCCAAACCACCUCGGCUGAGGCCAAACCCGCUCGUGGCGGACGGCUGUCGCUCCACGGGAUUCGGAUCGGCAGUCGUGGACGCAUCAUGGUCCCCGUCGUCGGCGAUUCGGAUGCAGAGGAGGAGGAGAUGAGCGACACCUACACGGAGCUCCCUCGUCUGUCCCUCACCGCGCUCGGUGGGCUUUCCUCUCUGCCGCAGCCUUCGCUUUCCACCAGGCCGAGCACCUCCACGGCCCUUCCGUCUCGAUUCCGACGCACCGAAUCGACGCGGUCGACCCAGUCCCAGACCCAGACCCAGGCGCAGGUCCAAGCGCGGAUGCAAACGGGCGGUCGCCGUGGAUCGUACUUUGUGAACCAGUCGCUCAUGCCGCUGGCCAUGCGCAAGCUCAUGAACCGCAACAGCUCGCUCUCGGAUAGCGGCGGUGCACUGACACCAGGUCAGCCACCACCACCGCCGACCAUAAAGGCCCUAUCGCCUGACGGACUGCCCGAUGACCGGUAUUCACACGAUUCGUUCCGGUCUGCGGCGUCGCUGCUGAUCGAUGGGUUCGAAUAUCCACUUGGAAGUGCCCUGGGAAGCACUCUCGGCAGCACGCUCUUCCACGAAGGCUUUCAGUCCAUCGACCUCCCGAUGCCACCGCUAACCGGCGGUCCGCAUGCUCGGAGCGACCAGUCCCUAGAGAAGCGUCCGCUGUAUCCGUCGGCGAUGCCCGCUGGCCCAGACGGGGUUAAGACAGAGCAGCCCGAAGACGGGGCCGAGGCCGGGACCAAGAGGACAGUCGUCAUCGUUCCAGGCCGAGGAACGCACCGGUCCCUGUCGCAUGUGUUCCGCAGGAAGGACAUUUACAUGCAGCUGUGCUUCAUAUUUGGAAUCGUUCUCCUUGGCGUGGCCAUCAACGACUACAUCUACAUCUUUGUUCUCGAGACGCCUCCAUAUACGACUCGCUGGCUGAUAUCCUUCAUGGUUCUCCAUGUGUUUUCGUUCUUUACGUUCCUGCUGGCAUUCAUCUACGGCAACGAGUCCGGCGACAUCCUCAGCACCCGCAUGGCUCUUGGAGGAGGGGUGAUCAAUCUGCUGGCCUUCACAAUGGAGGCGGUGUUGCGUAUCGGCUUCCAGGGAUACUUUCCCAACUCAACGACAUACUCGGACUAGCUCUGCGGUCUGUUCUGGGACGGCGGCAGCGGCAGCGAGAGUGUAUGGAACCAGGAAAGUACCCGAUGGCCACAGCCGGUGGGCUUGGUGCCUUGUGGCAAGUUGAGCCGGACCUGGGGUCGAAGGUUUGGCAUCAGCCCACGGGGCUGGUGCUGGUGGCGAGGCCGAUGGCGAGGCCGAUAGCGAAACUCGAUGACGAAGCAGCGAGCCCAACGGAGAGGGGUGGAUGUGCUUGUCCAACAUGGGAGGAUGCAUGUGCAAUCAGAGUUUGUCCAACUCCAGCCUUGCGGCAUCCCGCUGGUCUGUAUCCGCAUUUGCCAAUAUAGAAC